UAAUUUAGUAAAGUUACUUUUAUUUUGACAUCAUCAUGAGGAAUAAGCAAUAUGCGUUUGGAUUAUGCUUUAUGGCUAUCGUUACCAUCGCUUUAUUAGCGGCCAGUAUUGGCACCAUCGAGUGGGCAAUUUUGAAGGUAGUUCCUAACGACAACAACAAUGUAACAUAUUGUGAUGUGACAAGAAAAAUGGGGUUAUUUCGCUUUGAAGAUGUUGUAACUUCAACAACGAGUUGCCUCAAUUCCGGUCACUUAUUGUCAGCGAGUGUUUAUGACGAAAAUUACCUGAUCUUCAAUCACGGCCUCUUGCAGGCAGUCAUUGCAUUUUGUGCUCUCGGAAUCAUCUGCAAUCUCAUCACAAUGGGUGUAGCAUCGUUCAAUAUCUGUUCGAACCCAUAUGAGCAUUAUCUCACACCCAUUGCCAUGUUGAUCUACAAUGCUGUCGGACUUGUGUUGUCUCUUGUUGCCGUGAUCUUAUACACUGUGCUGCUAUAUGGCGAUUUACAGGACCCCCUUGUUGCAGAGUACCCUGGUUCCCCAGCUACCGGCAACAUUUAUCAAUCUGUGUACGGAGUUGAAAAUUCAUAUUUUGGAUUCUCGUUUUUCCUUGUCGUUGUGGCGAUCAUCACCCAAUUAAUUGGAAUACUUCUCGCUGCGAUGUCCGAGCGUAGCGUCGUUGUCAACUGUUUUAAAAAGAAAGAAGAACCAAACAACAAUAAAGGCCAGGAUGUUAUGAUGUUCUAAGAACUCAAAUUAGCUGUAUUGGAUGAAUUGAACAUUCAGAACCAAUUAGAGUUUUUCUGUAGAGUAUAUUCUUAAUUUUAGAAACAAUUUAUAAUGUGUUUGUGAUUCUGCGCAAUGGGUAUCAGAUGUUGUGCCCCUAGAUCAGGUAUAUUCAAAUUCUAAAACCGUAAAUAAUUACCAGCUUCCAUAUGUGUAUCAGAACUGAGGAUGUACAUAUAGUUCAUUCUAAAAUUCUAUCUUCCUCGUAUCGCUAUAGCUUUCUAAAACUGCUAAACGAUUUAUUUUAUUUUGGGUUUCAAGCAUUUAAAAUUAUUAGAUUCUUUGAAGUAAAUUCUUGAAUUUAAAAAUAAUUUAGGAAAUUUCCAUUUGAAGUAUGUAAUUCUGCUCAAUAACUUCAGAUGUUUGGUUUAAAAUAUAUAAAUCAUGUUUUGACAUAAAAUGGUUCAAAAUCUGAAAUAGACCUGACUUUUAGGGUUCUGUAAUUAUGACUCCCAAUUUUAUUGAGAAGUUUGAAUUUAGCUAAUCCUUUCCAAAUUCGAAAAUACAUCUCCUGUUCUAGUACUUGUAGAAAAUGCCAAACUAAGAAGACCUUUGCUUGCACAUAUGACUGAUUCAGCAUUCCAUGAUCUGUUUAUCUGCCUUCGUGGUUGAAUUUUAGUAUUUUUAUUUUUCAGCGGUUCUUCAAUUUGUACUGACAUAUGGUUGGCAUUUCUUGUUUCUGUUUGCUUAUUCCGAGCAUUUUCCAUCACCAAAUUCAAUUAUGGAGAAAUUUUUACUGAUCUGUUUGAAUUUCUCUAUUGGGCAUUUAAUGUAUAAAAUAUUUUGUGUAAGUAAGUUAUUGUUACCAUGACAACUCAGUUUUAGAAUCCUUGAUGUUCCACUUCUUAUUUAAUUUUCAAUUUCUGCGUACCAUUCUUCAUAUUUCCGUUUUUAAAACUUUAGAGAGUAUUCCACUAUUGGUGCUAAUUUUUUAAUAUUUUAUCAAGUGCAAAAGUCUCACUGUAGUUUUUAAUCACUGUAGUACAAAAAAUCAUUACUAAUCAUUUUCAUAAUCAUGACUCGUUAAUUUUUGUCUCUGAUAAUAUUUUAUGUACCUAUACUUGUUUUAAUAUAUUAUUUGACAAUGUUGCAAUCUGCUGCAUGCGGCAACGUUAUUAAAAGUAGCUUAUUCAUUCAGUAAAUAUAUUAUGAAUUUAUCCCAAAUCUGAUUUAACCCUGGCUGAGCUAAUUGCGUUGCGGUAAAUCCAGAUUAGCAUAUGUCAAAUUUUAAGCUUUUGUGAAAAUCACUUUUUUAUAAUAUAAAAAUUCAUAAACCUGAAAAUGACCAUCAGGUACUACAUAAAAUUUGAACUAAAACUCUGUAGCCUAUAUAGUUUUAAACUCUAGCAGUCCCUGGUCCAUAACAACAGAAGAUCAAAAAGUUUAUUCUAAAAAAUGUUACAUAUGCUACUUUGCUUUUACUGUGGCUUCGGCGAUAUAUAUUGUUUGCCACUGGCAAUGAUACCUGCAAAGUUUCAAAAUUUUUAUCAAGUGAACAAGUUUCACUGUAGCUUCAAUUCUUUAUAUUCCUAUCUUGUUAAUCAAUGUUUUAUUUUGCUAUUUAUAAUGGUCGAACUCUGUGAAAUGUUUAGAUUAAACUAAAUUCAAAAUAAUGCUUUUCAAAACGGUAAGAAUUGAAAUAAUCAACCUUUAUCAAUCAAACUUAACAUUAAAUGAUUAAAAUUAUGUCUCAUUUGGAGUAUUUGGCAUACAAUGAUUUUCUAUUCAAUUGAGUAUCUGUGGGAUUAAAUACUUUUCCUUCUUCCAGCUAUGCCUUGGUGCCAGUGGAAACAUGAAAUACAAGGAUUUUGUAAUAGAAUAAAACAGCUUUCGUAUGUGAUUUUGCCGUCUAAUGAGGCGGUGGGAAUUUGUUUAAUAUAAUGUAAGAUUUGUCAUGGGGUGAUGGUUUCUCUGUUGAACGGACGAAUAUAGCGAUGAUUAACUUUCCAAAUAAAUUGUAUUUUUAUUCAUUCAAAUCCUCUCAUGAAAUGUAAAUAAUUAUGUGGCAAUAUUAGAAUCACAAUAUCAGUACGGCCCACAGUUGCGUAAUUUACCUACCAUUCCUUGAUUUUACCUUCAUUUCUAAGUUUCUAAUUUCAUCAUUUUAGCGAUGUAGUUUUUUUUUUUGCUUAAGUAAUUAUGUCUGUGUUGUCAUCAAUAAUAUUAUUCCACUAUCUUUCGAAUUUGUUAUAUUAUUGAAGUAAAUAGCUGAUUUUAUGGUAUAGUUUGGUAUAUUUCCCAUUCUAAAGUUGAUUGUUUUUGUGUCAGUGUAAUGAAGUUUUUGAAUCUUGGGAAAACAAUGCGUGAUAAUCAUGAUCCUGGUCAGAGACUAAUAUUAUUAGAGUACAAUGAGUUAAUAUUCUGUUUUUGAAAUUAUUUGGAUAAACUUGGUCAGCAAAGUCUCGAUAUUUUUUUUAAAAUUGCUCGAUAUCAUAUAUUGUUUUAGCCCUCACAAAUAGCUUAAAUGAAGUAAACAUAGUUACUGAUUAAAAUACAACAAACCUGUUUAAGUUAUAUAGAGAACUGACUUCAUAACAAAAUUGAAAUUGUGAAGGGACUUUGUGCACACCCUGUAUUUCCCUCCUAGAAAUUGAAUGGAUACUGACAGAAAGUUUUGAAAUCUCCAGAAAACAACGAACCCAUAAUCCCAGCUAAUGUCAUAGUACCCAGGAAUUUCUGAACCAAAUUGAAAAAUAUUAUUUUAUUGGAUUUGAAAUUUUUUAUUAAUAAUAUUGUAAAUCUUGGGAUUUUAGAGAAAAUUCUUUAUUAGAAAUUUAUUUUUAGUAAUUAUAGCUUACAGCUGAACUGAUUUCUAUAUUUUAUUAUUUUCCGAGUAUUCACUUACAGACAGUCAGACUAACACAAAUUUCAGAAUCUCCAGUAAAUAUUGCCAUAAUUCUAGAAUUGUGUCCCAUUGUCAGCGAUUCCCAAACAAAAUUAAAUAUCAUAACAAAGAAUUUGAAAUUUGUUAUAUUAAAUAUAGUAUUUUUCCAAAGUUGUGGGCAGAACCAAACGAAUUGGUUUAUUUUUUUUCAAAUCUCAAAUUAAUUUUUCUCCAGAUAGUGACACCUAAUCCAAUCCCAUCACCCUAUCCCCAGUCUACACUCUUUGGUAGAAUACCAUGUCUAUUCUCUAGCUGUAAGUUUUUGUCAAUAUUUUGUGCACUGCUAACCUUUGCAUUCCAGACUAUUUGAUUUAGAAUAUAUUUGAUAUUUCACAUUA